CCCUUCGUCUCUAAAUGAUCUAGCAGUUUUCAUUACUCAUCUUGACUCUUGAAGUUUGUGGCCUUUACGCUUUGCUCGUCCGAGAUUUGUGUCUCUGUAGUCAAUACAUUUUCCAGUUAGUUUCUGGUAUAUUGUCGCAGUAACUUAAGUAGCUUUUGUUGCAUUAAACGAAGUUAGACAUCUCAAAGAAAAAAUGAGUCUUUUCAGUAGCUCGUCGUCUCGUAGCCAGAGUAAAAAUCUUGUCGAGUUCCGGGCCGGCAAAAUGACGAUGAGGGGAAACAUGGUGCAUCCUGACAAGAGGAAAGGUCUUGUUUAUAUUCACCAGUCAAGUGACUCUUUGAUCCAUUUUUGCUGGAAAGAUCGCCAAUCUGGAAGUGUUGAAGAUGAUUGGAUCAUUUUCCCUGAUGAUUGUGAGUAUGUUCGAGUACCUCAGUGUACCACUGGAAGGGUUUUUCUCUUGAAAUUCAAGUCUUCCAAUAAGAAAACUUUCUUUUGGAUGCAGGAGCCCAAAACUGACAAAGAUGAAACCUACUGUCGCAAGGUUAAUGAAUAUUUGAACAACCCUCCUACUCCAGGAUCCCAAAGUGGAAGGGGAGGAAGUAAUUUAGGUAGUGAACGAGAUUUGCAGAGUUUGCUCAGUUCAAUGUCUCAACAGCAACUGAUGCAGUUGUUUGGAAAUGUUGGUGGGAUGUCAGGUUUAUCAUCUCUGCUAGUUCCAUCUGAUGGAAACAUGCGUAGUGGUUCAAGCUCACGAAGCCGUUCGAGUGGUGCUACAUCUGGCUCAGCUUCUCAGGCUCGUUCGGCUGCAGCUAUCCCUCCUGCUGCUGCGACCAGUGCUCCUGUUGCUGCUGCUACUACGCCCAGUUCCGCAAACGUUGGUAGUAAUCUGCCAGCGACUCCAUUAACCACUGGAGUGCCUUCUCUAGGCAACUUGACGAAUCUUCAGCAAAUCCUUUCAGGAAUUCAAGUACCAGAUUCGCCUCCGGGAAGGCCCGAAAAACCGUCCGUAGAUUUGUCAGAGGGCUUGAGUACGGAUGUCCUGCACCCCAUUCUAAACAAUGCCGAUUUCAUGCGUCAACUCCGUGAUUUCUUGCCUCCUUCGGAUCAGGCUAGCGAGGGCGAUACCGCUUCCAUGGUUCGUGAUACGGUUCAGUCACCCCAAUUUGCUCAGGCAUUGAGUGUCUUUAGUGCUGCUCUUCAGUCUGGGCAAUUAGGUCCACUCAUUCAACAGUUUGGUCUUGGCUCUGAAGCUGUUGAAGCAGCCCAGAAAGGUGACAUGGAAGCUUUUAUUGCGGCAUUGCAAAAUAAGGAUAAGAAGAAAGAAGAAGGGGACGAUGGAAUGGCGCUUGAUUAAUAUUUGAUUCGUCGUGACAUUUCCAUCUUGAAUGAAAUUUUUGUUACCACUUCUCUCGCCUAAUAUCCCCUAUUCUGAUUUAGUGUUGAAAUAGUCUUUUUUGCCAGUUUUUUUCUGGAAAUACAUUCUCACAAGGGGGAAUACGACAA